AAUGGACCGAUCCACAAGAAGCGUCCACAAAGCAAGGUUUUACCAUAAAUUUUGGUCCCCAGCAUCCGGCUGCCCAUGGUGUACUUCGUAUGAUUCUAGAAUUGAAGGGUGAACAAAUUAUUCGUGCAGAUCCUCAUAUUGGUCUUUUACAUCGUGGAACUGAAAAGCUUAUCGAGUAUAAGACAUAUCUUCAAGCCCUUCCUUAUUUUGAUCGACUAGAUUACGUUUCAAUGAUGACCAAUGAACAAUGUUAUUCAUUGGCUGUCGAAAAGUUGUUAAAUAUUGAAAUUCCUGAUAGGGCAAAGGUUAUUCGGACUAUGUUUGGAGAAAUUACUAGAAUUUUGAAUCAUAUAAUGGCUGUUAUGUCUCAUGCAUUGGAUAUUGGUGCAUUAUCCCCUUUCUUAUGGAUGUUCGAGGAACGUGAAAAGUUAAUGGAAUUCUAUGAGCGUGUUUCCGGUGCUCGUUUACAUGCUGCAUACGUGCGUCCUGGAGGUGUUUCACAAGAUUUACCUUUAGGUUUAAUGGAAGACAUUUAUCAAUGGGCCACUCAAUUUAGCGCUCGCGUUGAUGAAGUCGAAGAGGUACUAACGGGAAAUCGUAUAUGGAUAAACCGUACAAAGGACAUUGGAAUCGUUACCAUGCAAAAUGCAUUGGAUUACAGCUUUUCUGGGGUGAUGCUACGUGGUUCUGGUGUUAAAUGGGAUCUGCGUAAAGUUCAACCUUAUGAUGCAUACGAUAAAGUUGAAUUUGAUGUACCAAUUGGUACAACUGGUGAUUGUUAUGAUAGGUACCUCUGUCGUGUUGAAGAGAUGAGACAAAGUUUAAGGAUUAUUAAUCAAUGUUUGAACAUAAUGCCACCUGGACCCGUGAAAGUUGAUGAUUGGAAAAUAGCUCCACCAAGUAGGGCAUCUAUGAAAGAGAAUAUGGAGGCAUUAAUUCAUCAUUUUAAAUUGUACUCGGAAGGAUACUCGGUUCCCCCUGGUGAAACUUACACUGCAAUUGAGGCCCCCAAGGGAGAAUUUGGCGUGUUUUUGGUGUCCGAUGGAACGAAUCGUCCAUAUAGAUGUAAGAUCCGUGCUCCAGGCUUUGCUCAUCUUGCAGGAUCGGACUUUAUGUCUCGCGGGCAUUAUAUUCCUGAUAUGGUCACAG